AAUGAGAGCAUUCUCUCUGAGCAGGGGAAGCAGGGGAGUGGCAGGGUCAGGGAGCCGGGUUCCCAAGAAGCAGGGAUGCGGAACAGAACCGGUGCAGUCCUCUGUGCCCUUGCCCUUCUGACAGGCUUUCUGAUCAUCUGCCUGGGGGCCUUCUUCAUCUCCUCAGGCUCCACGUUCAACUGUCGGUGGAACCUGAUCCUGGCCUAUUUGCUUCUGCCUCUGGGGUUUGUGAUCCUUCUGAGUGGGAUUUUCUGGAGCACCUACCGCCAGGCGAGUGAAAACAAAGGGAUGUUCAGCCAUGGGCUCAGACCACAUCUUGCUCACAGGGCCAUGGCCCCAGCCACAGUGGACAGGCCAGAUUUUUACCCUCCUGCUUAUGAAGAAAGUCUGGAUGCUGGAAAGCAAACCUGUCCUGCAGAGGGAGAGGCCGUGGAUAUCCCUCCACCUCUGUACACAGAGAUGGACCUUGGAUUUGAGGUUGAAAGUGGUGCUCACCAAGAGGCACCACCAUCCUAUGCCGAGUCUGUAGUGGACGGGGUGGUGGCAGCAACACCAUGGAAAGAUGCCCAGAGGCAAAGCCGAGAGUGCUGAAGCAGGGGAAGCUCUCUGGCACCCAGGACGUCCUCUCAUGGGACACAGCUGCUAAAAAUGAAAGCAGGCAAGGGAUUGUGGGAGGAAAAGCCAUGUCCGUGACCCCAUGCAAGA